AUGUCGCCGGCGCCGGAAUAUUCCUUUGCCGUCGAAUAUGAUGGACCUCCAUUAGGUUACGAUCUUCCCCGAGCAGUUCCAAUUACCGUCGACGACAUUCCGGUGGCAGCUGUUGUUUCCCAGGUUCCUCUUUCUGAAACUCUCUCUUUACCGGUUGUGCAGCCUCUAUUUCCACCGCACCAUAAUACUGUGAAAGAGCUUCGAGCAUUAAGCUCCGAAUCUAGGGUUUCUAAAGAGCUUGAAUUAGCUUUAGAGAGAACAGUUUCUCCUACUUCUGUUAUUGCCUUUGAUCACCGAGCUUCUCAGAGUAAUGUUUGUGAGCUUUCCGGUGAGUUAAGCAGCUCCGGGCCGUUUGAUUUCUCGAAUGGAAAUGGAGUCUCCGGCGAGUUUUCAGAUGUUGGUGAUUCUUCGAGGUUGCGUGAAGAAUCAAGCUCGAGUGAGUUACCGAGUGGAGUUAGUAGGAGCACUAGAACUAGAAGCUCUAGUACUUUGGAGUUUAGUGCUUUGAGGGUUUCGAAUGAUGAUGAGAAAGGGAGUUUUGAUUUUAACGAGUUAAACCAACAAGAUUGGGGUUCUGCUGAGUCAGUGUUGAGUUUAGAGUAUCCAUCAACUCGCGUUUCUUCUUUGAAAGCUGAGGAUUGUGAUCCUAAACGUGUUCCUGCUGUUACUUUCGAUGUGGACACCGAUGAUGAUGAUGGUGCUUUGCAUGAUGAGUUUGAUGUUGAGGAAACUGUUACAAGACCCGUUAAAAGGGAGCCUCUAACAAAGGGGAAAAAAGGGUCUUGUUAUAGAUGUUUUAAGGGGAAUAGGUUCACUGAUAAGGAGGUUUGUUUGGUUUGUGAUGCAAAGUAUUGCAGUAAUUGUGUGCUUAGAGCAAUGGGGUCUAUGCCUGAAGGUAGAAAAUGUGUUACUUGCAUUGGAUUUUCUAUAGACGAAUCCAAUAGAGCGAAUUUAGGGAAAUGCUCUCGGAUGCUUAAGCGAUUGCUUAGUCAGUUGGAGGUUAGACAGAUAAUGAAAGCAGAGAAAUUUUGUGAAGUAAAUCAGCUUCCACCCGAAUACAUUUGUGUGAAUGGGAAACCACUUUCUUAUGAAGAACUGGUUACCUUGCAGAACUGUCCAAAUCCUCCAAAGAAGCUUAAGCCAGGAAACUAUUGGUACGAUAAAGUAUCUGGAUUUUGGGGGAAGGAAGGACAGAAGCCUUCCAAUAUAAUUAGUGCUCAUCUGAAUGUUGGAAGCCCCAUUCAACCAGAUGCUAGCAAUGGAAACACACAGGUUUUCGUAAAUGGUCGAGAAAUUACAAAAGUGGAGCUUCGAAUGUUGCAGUUGGCAGGAGUUCAGUGUGCAGGCAACCCACAUUUUUGGGUCAAUGAGGAUGGUUCCUAUCAAGAAGAGGGACAGAAGAAUACACGAGGGUAUAUAUGGGGAAAGGCUGGAACCAAGCUUGUAUGUGCUUUCCUGUCCCUGCCAGUUCCUUCUAAAUCUUCAAAUUCUCUUGGAGAACAACACUCCAAUAUGGCCGGCAGAUCGAAUCCUGACUACCUUGAGCAUGGAAUAGUUCAGAAGCUUCUCUUGGUUGGUUGCAGUGGCUCUGGAACAAGCACUAUUUUUAAGCAGGCCAAGAUUCUUUACAAAAGCAUUCCCUUCUCAGAAGAUGAGCAUGAAAAUAUAUUAUUGACCAUUCAGACCAAUGUUUAUACUUACCUUGGCAUACUCCUUGAGGGCCGUGAGCGCUUUGAGGAUGAAAUAUUGGCAGAUUCAAAGAAAAGGCAAUCUUCCGUGCUUGAUACAACAGGAACCAGUUCUAAUCCUGUUGACAAGACAGUAUAUUCCAUUGGUCCAAGGCUGAAAGCAUUCUCUGAUUGGUUGCUAAAAACUAUGGCAUCGGGCAAACUGGACGCAAUCUUUCCUGCUGCUACUCGUGAAUAUGCACCAUUGAUUGAGGAAUUGUGGAAUGAUCCUGCCAUUAAGGCCACGUACAAAAGAAAAAGUGAAUUGGAAAUGUUGCCUAGUGUUGCCAGUUAUUUCUUAGAGCGGGCUGUCAAAAUAUUAAGGACAGAUUAUGAGCCCUCGGAUUUAGACAUCCUCUAUGCUGAAGGAGUUACUUCAUCAAAUGGGUUGGCUUGUGUGGAGUUUUCAUUUCCCCAAUCAGCCCCCGAAGAAACUGGAGACACUACUGAUCAAUAUGACUCUUUGGCUAGGUAUCAACUAAUUAGAGUGCAUUCAAGGGGGCUAGGAGAAAAUUGCAAGUGGCUAGAGAUGUUUGAGGAUGUUGAAAUGGUCAUCUUCUGUGUGUCCUUGAGUGACUAUGAUCAGUUUUCUAUCGAUGGGAAUGGUUAUCUCACUAACAAGAUGAUAUUGAGCAUGAAGUUUUUUGAAACCAUUGUCACACAUCCAACUUUUGAGCAAAUGGAAUUCAUGUUGAUAUUGAACAAAUUUGAUCUUUUUGAGGAGAAAGUCGAACAAGUUCCUUUGACCAAGUGUGAUUGGUUCUCUGAUUUUCAUCCAAUAACUAGCCGCAAUCGCACCAACAGCAAUAGCAACAGCAUUAAUAGUAACCCCUCCCUUGGUCAGCUGGCUUCCCAUUACAUAGCGGUUAAGUUUAAAAGGCUUUAUUCAUCGCUUACUGGACGAAAGUUGUAUGUUUCUGUGGUGAAGGGGUUGGAACCAGACAGUGUUGAUGCAUCCCUUAAAUAUGCCAAGGAAAUUUUGAAGUGGAGUGAAGAGAAGCAAAACUUUAACUCAAGCGAGUACUCGAUGUAUAGCACUGAGGCGAGUUCAUUAUCUCAUUGA